UACAAAAUUUCGCAUAGCCAUGGUCUCUUCAUUUUCUCUCUCUAUUCUUCUUCUGCAACCUAGAGAGAGAGAGAGAGAGAGUGAGAGAGGGGUAACUCUACAGGGGGACAGAAAUAUACGUGGAAAGAGAGAGAUUUGAAGUAAGAGAAUGUAGAGAGAGACAUGUCAAUUGGUUUACCAGAGAAGCCACUGCGAACCUUCCCCUUUCUGUAACAACCAGUCAAGGUACAAUUCGCAAUUCUUAGCUCACUUUUACCCCGUAUUACUUCUUCUCAGAUUGAAUCGGCGAAAGCUUAAUGACCUAACUAUUGAAAGACUGCUUCUUUUUCCGUAAGUGUUUAUCUAUAGUCCAUGGCUAUAUGAUGUUCUAGGGUUUCUUUGUUCGUUCUCAAAUUAGGGCCCAGAAUCAUGUCAUGAUAUGAGGGAAUUUGCAGGGUUCAAGCUACGUUUCCUCCGUCUAUUUUCUCCUUUUUGGCAGCCUUGGAUUUCUUCAAUUUCUGAUUCUUUGGAGUUCUAGUGUUUGAGACAUGGGAGCUCGCCUUGGGUCCUGUUUUCGUAGAAUUUUCAACAUAUCUUGUGCCCUAGUCUUGUUAGUUUACUUUUACAACCAGGAAGAUGUAGUGAAAAAUCCAAUGUUUCUCAGACGCCAGUCUUUGAUAAUUUCGUCACCAUGGAGUCAAAGUAGCAAUAGAAUUGAGAUUUCAAAAGUUCAAAGAUUCGAGAAAUCGGAUCAAAUUAGAUUAGAAAGCAUUCAUGGAGAGAGAAAUUCAUUGAGAAAUCGCCAUCUUCAAGAAAAUAAUGGGAGAGCUCUGGAAAUAACUCCCAAUAACACGUUAAAUUCAUCUUCGUUUGAAAUCACCAAUAAUUUGGAGGUUGAGAUCAUCUCAGGAUGCACAGGCUUGGCUGAACAUCAUGGAUAUAAGAGCCAAUGUGAGUUUCUAAGGUCUCAUAAUCAAUGCCUAUCAGGUGGGUUCUUUGAAUACUUGACAUUUUUUUACUGUACCUGUGAGAAUUGGCCAUGGUUUGGCUAUACAGUUCUUGGUGUAUGGCUUUUGGCCUUGUUCUAUAUGUUGGGUAACACAGCAGCUGAUUACUUCUGCUGCUCCUUAGAGAAGCUUUCGAGGCUAUUAAAGCUCGCUCCAACAGUUGCAGGGGUCUCUCUUCUUCCUCUUGGAAAUGGGGCACCUGAUGUAUUUGCCAGCAUAGCUGCCUUUGUGGGUUCAGGAGCUGGUGAGGUGGGUUUGAAUAGUGUUCUUGGUGGGGGCGUUUUUGUCAUUUGUAUAGUUGCAGGAACUGUUUCUCUUUGUGUCGCUGGGACACAAGCGCGGAUAGAUCGUCAAUGCUUCAUCCGUGAUGUGGGUUUUUACCUUUUUACACUUGUUUCACUUUCUGUAAUUUUGCUCGUGGGUAAGGUGAGCAUUUGGGGUGCAAUUGUGUUUCUUUCAAUAUACGUCCUCUAUGCAUUUUUUGUGGCUGCAAAUGAAAUACUGAGGAAACAUGCUCGGCGUUUGAGGUUAGAUGUGGUUAUGCCUUUGCUUCCUCUAAGGGGAAGCAUAUUUGGUACUGGAGAGGAUGAUUCUUCUUAUACCUCUUUGUUGGAUAUGGAAGUAGAUGGAGAUUUCCCUUCUGAAGCAGCCCAUAUUCGAGCCACUUUGCCUCAAUGGAUGUGGGCUUCGAAUGUUGCUAUAUAUUCUAACCAGAUGAUCAAGAGUGUGAUUGACAAGCCAAGGCCUCUUUGGGGAUGGAGUGAAGAUGGGGAAGAUGAGGAUUCGAGGUUGUCUUGUUCGAAAAUACUUUUAUAUGUGCUCGAGUUCCCAUUAACCUUGCCAAGAAGAUUGACAAUACCCAUUGUCGAGGAAGAGAGAUGGUCAAAAAACUAUGCUAUUGCAAGUGCCACAUGGAGUCCGAUUCUUCUUGCUCUGCUCUGGAAUGCCCAAGAAACUCCUCUCUCAGGUACUGGAAAGCUUGUCUAUGUGAUUGGGGUUGUUCUGGGGGCCACAUUUGGAACUUUGGCAUUUUUCUUUACCAAUUCAGGGCACCCUCCUCGUAAGUUUCUGUUUCCCUGGGUUUGUGGAGGGUUUGUUAUGAGCAUCGUUUGGUUCUACAUCAUUGCUAAUGAGCUCGUAGCUCUCCUUGUUGCAUUGGGGGUGAUUUUGGGAAUUAACCCCUCGAUCCUUGCAGUGACUUUAUUGGCAUGGGGUAAUUCAAUGGGUGAUUUGAUGUCGAAUGUUGUUUUGGCCAUGAAUGGUGGAGAUGGUGUUCAAAUUGCUCUCUCGGGAUGCUAUGCAGGGCCAAUGUUUAAUACACUUAUCGGGUUGGGGGCUUCAAUGUUGCUUAGUACCUUGUCAAGUAGGCCUGCACCAUACAUCAUUCCAAAAGAUAGCAGCCUGUUCUAUACUCUGGGAUUUCUAAUGUCUGGGCUCUCUUGGGCCCUCAUUAUUUUGCUAAGGAAUGACAUGCGCCCGAACAGGCUAUUGGGAAUCGGUCUUAUAUUGCUCUAUGUACUUUUCCUUAUUGUCAGGGUCGGCAAUGUUGCUGGGGUUAUGUCAGCAACUGAUUUGUAUUGACCUUGAUUGUAAUAUAUUGGAUUAAAAAUGGUGAUUAUCAAUUGUAAGUUUGAUAUAGUGUAUUAUGUGGUCAGAGAUCAUGUGCAUGUGGGAACGUAUAUGACUAUGAACAGUUUUCUGUGUCAUUAGUU